GUUUGUCGUGCAAUGGGCCCCUUUGUCUCGUUCUCUUUCUCUUUCUCUUUCUCUCUCUCUCUCUCUCUCUCGCCGUCUUUCUUCCUUCUCUCUUCCUUCUCUCCCUCCCUUUCUCGCUCUUCCUGACGGGCGCUGUAACUCUUUUCCACUUCCACUGACUCUCCUCGACGCCCCGCACUCUAUUUCACACUCCACUUCACACCGUCAUCUUUAUUCUGGCCCUCGACCGCACGCCCCAUCCCUUCCGCUCCUGUUCGACAUCAACCCUUCUCAUCUCCACCUCUUUUUCCUGGGAUGCAGCUCGAUUCCUUUCCCUCUGACCCAUCGCCAUCACCAUCAGCCCACCCAUCUGCCUCAACCGACUCUGACUCUGACUCGCUUCCCUCUGGCCUGACCUGUGAACUGUCCUCGACCUUCCAGUCGUCCUUCCUCGACACCUUCUUUUGCCAUCACACCUCGACCGCCAUCAACAAAAACACAUUUGCUAUCGCCAAGAGCGAGGCCAAAAAUGAAGAGACAGCCACGGCGAGUAUGGGUAGUAGUUGCAGUAGGGUCAAAAACACCGAUGCCGAGUCAACAGCGGCAGCAGCGGCGGCAGCAGCGGCAGCAGCAGCAGCCCCCCUCAGUUCUGCCCUCCUAAACCAUCCUGAACCCCUUGAUCUACCAAAAGAGCCGUUGCUGCAGCACCUCGUGCCCGUCCUCUCCUCACAUCUUCCAACGCCAGGCCCAGAACCAACCGCACAAGAGCGCUCUCUUAAUUCUUAUUCGUCAUUUGUCCGAGGCGCAGGCACGACUCUCCAACACGAUGAGCGAACGUCAGCAGAAAAGCAGCAGGCACCCCCCAAAGAACUGUCGGAGCCACAAACCCACAGGGACGAUGUGCUUGACAAGGUCGAGAGCCCGAAACUGGCUCACCAUCCACAUAUCAUAUACCCGCCAUGCAGCAACCCUACCGCAACGACCGAGGAUCUGGAUCGCACUAGCGUUAACCCACGUCAGAGUUUGCAGGACCAGCAGCACGAUGAACAAGGGCUUGAACACAAACGAGACGCAUCUCAACCACAUCUGCAGAACCAUAAACAUCAACAAAGCUGCUCACGCUACCUGUCCGACAACACAAACCCCAAUGUCUGUGUCAGCGUCAGCAGCACCAGCAACGCCUCUUUUUCCUCGAGCACAUUUGUGUUCUUUGCGCAGCCAAUCUUUCUUCCAAAUAACCACAACACCUUAACAAUGCGCACCCCCCUGUCCAAGGGCCUCGAUCUCUUCGGAGAAAAUCAAUCCUCAGCUCGAGGUCGUGGUCAGAGGAAUAACAAGAAGAAGGAUGGGCGGUACACAUCGGGCGGCUCUGAUAGUGAUGACGACGGGGAUUCCUUGGCCAUGGGUGCGAAGAAGAGGUCAACGAGUGUAAGUGGCUCCAGCUAUGCUGAUAUCAAGAGAAGAAGGAAAACCAGCGGCACACGAGCAACCUUGGCAGCAUCCCCGCGAUCGACUUCCUCUUCCCUGCCCUGUCUCGAUCGACAGCUGGGACAGCAAUCAUUGAGUGGCUGGUCACUGAAGCAGGACCGACGCCUGGACUUUAAUCCAUCCGAUAUCGUUCUCUCCUGGUCGAUUCCCAGCAAUCCAAGCAAUGUUCACUCCACCAAAUAUAGACGUCGUCGUCUAUGUCGCACACCUCAUUCUUGCCUCGUGGAUGAUGGUAGCAGUAGCAGCAUCUGCCAUCAACGCCAUGCGCCCGAAGACGCAUGUCAAUGCCGUAAGCGGAUAUUCGGGGCUGCCAUUGAGCUGUCCCGACCACUAAGCACAAGCGCCCGUGCAGUAGACCAUCAUCCAGGCUGGAUUGAGUCGAUCAAAAAGCGCAAAAUUCAUCAACACCCUACCAAAUGGACGUCUAGUCUCUCGCCGGCACCAUAUGUGAAGCUUUUGACGAUUAGGAGCUUUUGGGAUGUGAUGAGCGGCCGUGUAGAUGUCUCAUGGAUCUCUGAGCACGAUAUGUGCAAGAAGGCAUUUGAGAAGGCAGAAGGGGACAAGGACUCGAAUUUGACCUCGGAUGAUGUGUAUGAAACGACUGAGUGCCUGUCCGCUGAGGAGAGGAAGGAGACGUUUGGACCAUUCAACAAAUCAUCCGCGCACAUCAAAAUAGUACGACAAUAUUCAUGUCCAACGCAGUUUUUGAGGGGACUGUGGGAGGAAGAGCUGCGAAUUCAACGCGUACAACAAAUGAUACCCGACACGAUCCGGAGACCUGCCAGAAACAAGAUCUUCACCUCCAAGCCUAUUUUUACGGCGUCCGCAAAUGCAAAGCCGGCGCUCCCCAGCUUAUUCACGACGCCAUCAUUAUCAUCAUCACCUUCAAGUGCAGCAGCACCGGCAGGAGUGGCUAAAGCGACAGCGAAGGUAGCAUCAGUGAAUCAAUCGUCGCAAUCUGUCCCAAAUGAGCUGGAUUUGCUGUUGAAGAAGAAACAUCGCGCAACAGCAAUCGUUCGGUCUCAUGCCAUUACGGAGGGAUCAGACAUGUCCGAGUACAAACCCUGGAAGGAUGGUACCGUAACCCCUCACCAGGGAAGUCUUCAAUCGCUGAAAGAGUCGCGAAGUAAUAUUAUGGACCCGUGGCCCAUAGAGGAAGCAAAAUCCAAGGACGAAUGCACGCGAAUCCUCCAUCGGAUGCGAGAGCAACUGAACAUUGUCAUCAAUCUUCAGAUCCAUCUCCGUUCAAUGGUUAAGACUGCACCCACACAAUGGUCCUUCUUGCUAUCGAUCCGACAUCCAGCCCAAGUUUCGAUUGAGCUGCUGCUGGCGCUUUAUGGGCCGCAUUUUAUGCAGACCAGCAACUUUCGAGCCAUCGAGCAGCUUCUUUGGGGAGCCAAGGGACAUUCCCAAGCACAGGAUCUUCCCGACGCAUCGUCUUCGUCAUCAGCGCUCUUGCAAGCUUGACAGGAAAGGCACUUUUUUUUGUCUUUGUUUUUUUUUUUUUGUUCUUGUCAGCUUCAUCCUCAUCCCAUGCUCCCAUGGGGGUUUGGGGGCCUUUCUAGUUUUGAACGAGACAAUAAACGUUUUUUUUGUAUUUUUAUUCCCA